UGAUACCUAGGGAUUCGUAUUUCUUGACUCAACUUUCUCUCUUUGUGUGCCACUGAGUGACUCGUCUCAAUUACCUUGGUGCAGUCACAUCCCCCCCCCCAAUAUCGAGCGCCAUCUCACCACGCUUGAGCGACUACACACGGCAAGAUGGUCGCCGAACGCCUCACCAUCCGCAAUGUCACAUCCACACCCAUCCUACUCAAGCGCAUCGAGCGUUUUCGCGCCCCGGAGCGCUCCUUCGACGGGGUGCAAACCUUCGCAAAGAAUUUCACCCGCGUGCUGACCAACGUCACCCGCGCCACCACUCCCGUCGCCGCCAUCCACGAUGACACCACCCCGUUCACGCACAAUGAGGCCGACUUCGAGAUCGCGCCCUUCGAAACGGUCAGAACCGAAAUCCGCGCGUUCCUGGAGUCAAAAAGGGAACGACUGCGCUGGAUCUUCGAGGUUGAGGGCGAGGAGCACCAGCUGCAGACCCCCGUGCCGACCACCGAGUCAGCCACCAUGAAGGCGAUGAGCGACAACCCCAAAUUCCGCCUGACGGGCAUCUUCAUCACUCCAGAAUCACAUCUGACCAUCUUCUCAUCCGCACACCUCGAAGCCUGGAUGCGCGAACUGGACGGCGACGUGCUGCUCUCCUCCCUCUCCAUCCCGGGCACUCACAACUCGCCGACCUGCCAUGUCGCGGCGCCCUCAGUGCGCUGUCAAGCCGUCAGUCCGCGCGAGCAGCUGCGCAACGGAGUGCGCUUCUUCGACAUCCGCGUCCAGCCACAAUACCCGGACGACCCCGCGAAAGACGAGCUCAUCCUGGUGCACAGCGUCUUCCCCAUCUCGUUAACCGGCAGCAAGUACUUCCGGGACCUGAUGCACGAAGUCGACGAGUUUUUGUCCGAGAACCCCUCGGAAACAGUGAUCAUCUCGCUGAAGCGGGAAGGGCCCGGCACUCACACCGACGAGCAGCUCAGCCGGAUUCUUAGCGACCACUACACCACCCUACAAAGCAGGUGGUACACCGACCCGAAAAUCCCCACCCUCGGCGAGGCCCGCGGCAAGGUCGUGCUGCUGCGCCGCUUCAACAUUCAAGACAGCCUCAAGGAGCUCCACGACGGCCACGGCUGGGGCAUCGACGCCAGCGGCUGGGCCGACAACUGCGCCGACGCCACCUGCCCCAGCGGCCAGCUCUGCAUCCAGGACUUCUACGAGGUCCUGUUGACCCAAAACAUCGACCAGAAGAUUCAGUACGUCCGCGACCAGUGCCAGCGCGCCAGCGGCACCUGCUAUCCGUUCGGCGUGCUGCCCGAUGCCGCCGCCACUCGCGAGCACCCUUUCUACAUUAAUUUCCUGAGCGCGAGUAACUUCUGGAAGGUUGGCACGUGGCCGGAGAAGAUCGCCGCCAAGGUCAAUCCGGCUAUGGUUGACUAUCUGUGUCGGAGGCAUGGGACUGGGGAUGGGGAUUGGUCUACGGGGAUCAUGGUGACAGAUUGGGUGGGGUUGGAUGGGGAUUGGGACCUGGUGCGGUGUAUCGUGGGAAUGAAUGCCCGGCUGAGGGAGAGGCGGUUGGCACAUGUGGAUGAUUGGUAGGAUGGGAGGGAAUCUUCGCGAGAAUGCAGCAAAACAAGCGCGUCACGACGGCUAGAAAGCCAAUUCACUAUGCCGCAAUCUCCACACAAAAAGUGACACCAUACCUCGAAGGGCAAUGCGACUAACACCCACGUAACACAACAGAUAUAUUCAAGAAAGGAA